AAGUAACAUCGAACAACGUGUGAUUUAAAAAUUAACCUCAAUUUAAUUUUGAGAACAUGUGAAAAAUCAAAAUAAUUUUCUUAAACAUAAUUUUUAUUAAAAACAUUAAACAAUGGGUAUCGAAACAGAAAUUUUGGGAAAAAAGAAAUCACACAGAGAUAGGCAGUCAGGUCGUAAAGCUGAUAAAAAAAAGCAAAAAAAUGCGGACAAUCAUAUACAAGAGCUUUCAGACAAGCAAAAGAAUCCAAAAGCUUUUGCUAUCAAUUCAGCGGUGCGAGCUGAACGACGAUUUCGUCGUAAACAAGAUAUUGAUACUAAAAAGCAACAUAUACCAGUAGUGGAUCGAACUCCUUUGGAGCCACCUCCAAUAUUAAUUGCUGUAGUUGGCCCUCCCAAAGUAGGAAAAAGUACACUGAUUUAUAAUCUUAUUAAAUCAUACACAAAGUCUCCUUUAACCAACAUUCAAGGUCCUGUAACAAUAGUUACUGGAAAGAAGAGGCGGAUAACAUUUAUUGAGUGCAAUAAUGAUAUCAAUUGUAUGAUCGAUAUAGCAAAGGUUGCUGAUUUAGUUUUAUUAUUGUGUGAUGCAAGCUUUGGUUUUGAAAUGGAAAUUUUUGAAUUUUUAAAUAUAUGCCAAGUUCAUGGCAUGCCUCGUAUUAUGGGCGUUCUCACACACUUGGAUAUGUUAAAAAAUGCUAAAGCUUUGAAACGAACUAAGAAAACUUUGAAACAUCGUUUUUGGACGGAAGUUUAUGCUGGUGCAAAGUUAUUUUAUCUAUCUGGAAUAAUUCAUGGUGAUUAUUUAAAAAAUGAAAUUACAAAUUUAGGCAGAUUUAUUUCAAUUAUGAAAUUUCGACCGUUAACAUGGAGGAGUACACAUAGCUACAUUUUAGCGGAUCGCUAUGAAGAUUUGACUAAUCCAGAAGAACUGCGACAAAAUAAAAAAGUUGAUCGAAGGAUAUCAUUGUAUGGAUACGUCAGAGGUGUUCCGUUAAAUAAAGAUUCGAGCAUUCAUCUUGCUGGUGUUGGUGAUUUCAAAAUACACGAUGUUUCAUUCUUACCAGACCCUUGUCCAUUACCAGAUCAAUUAAAGAAACGAUCAUUACUUGAAAAAGAGCGUCUAAUAUAUGCGCCAUUCUCUGGUGUUGGUGGAAUUGUUUACGAUAAGGAUGCAGUGUAUGUUGACUUAGGUGGUUCCCAUUCACACAACGUUCAACAAUCCGAUCGUGAAAAUAACGUCAAAUCAUUAGUUGAAAAUAUGACAGAAACAAAGCAAACAUUGGAUGCUAAAAUUGAAGAAUCCGAACUACAAAUAUUUACAGAUAGUUCAAAAAUUAAAUCAAAGGAUGUUGAUAACAUUGUUGAAUCUACUGCAGAUGCAGAAAAUAAAUCUGUUUUAGAAAAAGUUACUUUUUCUAAAAAUAUCACCAAUAUCGAUGAUUUAGAAGAUGAUUUAAAUCAAGAAUUAAAUGAAUUACGAAAAAAAGAUUUUUCAAAUUUAAGUGAAGAACGAGUUACAGAUAGUGAAGGACGCGUCCGACGUAAAGUCAUUUUUAAAGACGAAUUAAAUAACGAUGAUGAUUCUUCAGAUGAUGAAAAUGAUGAAGAUGAUAAAAAGAUCGAAGAUGUUCAUCCUAACUAUAAAAAACUCAAUAAAAAUAAGGAUGAAAAUGUAUUAAAUAAAAUAAAAGACACUUUAAGGAUGUUUGAUAAUACUACACCUAUUUCAAAAACUACGUCAAAAUUGAACGAAAGUGAUUCGGCAGAUAGUGAAUCAGAUGAAAACGACUUAUCAAUUCCUAAAAAUUUAAAUAAAAAGGAAAAUAAACGAUCAUUAAUGAAUUCAGAAAAUGAUGAAUCUGAUUCUGAAGAUAAUGAAAGUUCUGGAGAUAAUGAUGAUUUUGAUGAGACAGACGAUGAAAAUGCAGGAGAAUUAAAAUGGAAAGAGGAUUUACCAAAAAAAGCGCGUGAUGCAUUUUUAAAUAGACAAAAUCGAACACAAAAUUUAAUGAAAUUAGUUUAUGGCAUUUUUGAUGAACGUAAAAAAUCAAUUCAUGAAAAUAUGGUUGAAGAAAAUGAAGAUCGAGAAGAUGACGAUAUUGGUGGUUUGUUUAAAGUGGUCACACAAGAUCAACGACAGAAAAAUUUAGAAAAGGAUACUAUGAACUUACAAGAAAUAUCUUUAUAUAGUACGCCAACAACGGUUACAAGAAAUUGGACAACUGAUGAGAACAAGUCUCUAAUUAUGGAUUGCUUUGUAACUGGUAAAUGGAAAGAUUCUGAAGAUGCAAACGAAUUACUUCGAUUAGAUGAUAUGGAAGAUGAUGAUUCAGAAAUAUUUGGCGAUUUUGAAGAUUUAGAAACAGGUGAAAAAUUUGAAGCAAAAUCAUCAGAUAAAAAACGAAAACUUAGUGAAACAGAAAAUAACAAUGAUAAUGAUAAUGAAGACACUUCAAAAGAAACAUUAGCAGAAAAGAAACGCCGAUUAAAAGAAAAAUUUGAUGCUGAGUAUGAUAACGGUGGUGAAAAAAGUAAUUACUAUGAUGAUUUAAAAAUAUUAGCUGAAAAACAAUCGCAGCUGAACAAAUCAGUGUUUGAAGAUAUGGCAGAUGAUGUUCGAGUGCAAUUGGAAGGUUACAGAGCUGGAAUGUAUGUUAGAAUUGAAUUUGAGAAAUUACCUUGUGAGUUUGUGGAAAAUUUUGAUCCCACUUAUCCGUUACUUAUUGGAGGAUUAAAUAUGGGCGAAGAAAAUAUUGGUUAUGUUAAUGUCAAAAUUAAAAAACAUAGAUGGUAUAAAAAGAUAUUAAAAACCAAAGACCCAGUAAUAUUAUCUUUAGGAUGGAGACGAUUUCAAACAAUUCCAUUAUACUCAAAAUUAGAAGAUGACUUAAAAUAUCGUUAUUUAAAAUAUACACCUGAGCAUGUGACAUGCAACGCUCAUUUUUGGGGACCAAUCACACCACAAGGAACAGGAUUCUUAGCGAUACAAGAUUGUUCAAAUAAUGCAGAAACGUUAAAACAGGGAUUUCGAAUAGCGGCUACUGGAAGUGUACAAGAGCUAGACAAAUCAACACAAAUAAUGAAAAAAUUAAAAUUAGUUGGAACACCUUUGAAAAUUUAUAAGAAAACAGCUUUUAUUCAAGGAAUGUUUAAUACAGCAUUAGAAGUUGCCAAAUUUGAAGGUGCUAAAAUUAAAACGGUUUCUGGUAUUCGUGGAAUGAUAAAAAAAGCUGCUAAUAAACCAGAAGGGUGCUUCCGUGCUACAUUCGAGGAUAAAAUACUUCUUAGCGAUAUUGUAUUUUGUCGAACAUGGUUUAACGUUGAUGUUCCACAAUUUUAUAACCCUGUUACGAAUUUACUUCUGAAACCUGAAGAGAAAAGUAAAUGGUGCGGAAUGAAAACAACAGGUCAAUUGAAACGCGAACAAGGAAUUCAAGUACAACCAAAUCCAGAUCAUUUAUACACAGAAAUCGUACGACAACCAAAAGUAUUUAAACCAUUAGUUAUACCUAAAUCUCUGCAGAAAGCACUACCGUACAGAGAUAAACCAAAAUUAGUACCGAAACUUAAGAAGAAAUAUGAACCAAUUGCUGUGAUUCGAGAACCUUACGAACAAAAGGUUUCAACAUUAAUGAAACGUUUGAAAACAACGUACGUGGCGAAACAAGAAAAACUUAAACAGCAAAUGUCAACACGCAUUGAGGCUCAUGCUGCUGAAAUGAAAUUAGCUGAAGAGCAAAUUAAUAAAAAGCAAAAAUUAUCUAAAAAACAGAUAUGUAGAGAGAAAAGUAAAGCUGCGAUAGUGAAAAGUCGAAAAGAAAAUCGAAGAUCUAAAAAAUUAGAUUAAUAUUAAUGGAGUUAUAUUAUUAAUUAUUAAUUGUACUUCAUAACUAUUUCGUAAUAAAAGUGCUAUUUUAAUUUUUAAA